AGCAGGGAAGAAAGGCAUAAAAUCAAAAAUAAAGAAAGUGGGAUUAUUAGUGGUACCCUGGAGUGGAGACGUGAGUGCAUCUAUAACCGGCGUGGAGAGAGAGAGACAGAGAAAGGGAGGGUUGUGAUAAAUGGAGACAGUUCGCCAAGGAAUGAAUAUCGGAGGAGAUGCUCUAAAGAAGACCAAUCGCAUUCAGGUCUCCAACACCAAAAAAUCUCUCUUCUUCUAUGUCAAUCUCGCUAAGAGGUUCUUGCAGCAGUACAAUGAAGUUGAACUUUCUGCACUUGGAAUGGCUAUUGCUACAGUGGUCACUGUUGCUGAAAUAUUAAAGAACAAUGGAUUUGCAGUGGAAAAGAAGAUCAAGACACUGACUGUUGAUAUGAGGGAUGAGCCAGGAGCAAGACCUAUUCCCAAAGCAAAGAUUGAAAUAUUGCUGUCUAAGACGGAGAAGUUUGAAGAGUUGAUGGCCGCUGAGGCGGAGGAAAGAGAAUUUGCUGCAGAUGGUGAGGAACAGAACUGAGCUAGAUUGCAGGACUGAGCCUGAUGUUACUCAUCCCUGAUAAUGAGCAUAAGUCAUUGAUUAUCACUUGCUCUGAAAAACCCGAAAAAGAGGAUAGGAAAACCAACUAAAAUGUUACAUAGCUUGGUACUUCGCUGCAUGAAUUGUUCUGUGAGGAAAAAGUGGUUAUUGUAUUGGGUAUCUGUUUUUGUUGUUAAGUCUUUGUUGCAAAGGGUUCCAUUGGCCAUCAGUUCUGUUGCUUUAGACUUUUCACCUAGUGAGGAUGCUUUAGAAUUUGUAUCACAAGCUUGUAAUGAAUAAACUAUUAGAAAGAUCAUCUUUGGGAAACCA